AUGGCAGUGAUCUUCCGGCAUUGGUAUGCUGCCCUGCUCGUCUGCCUGCUCGUCGGGGCCGCCCUGGUGUCGGAGGCGGACGCAUUCCGGCUGAAGGAGGACCGUCCCGGUUUGGCAACCGUCAAACGGAACCUUUCGCCGCGCCUGAAGAGGGGGUUCGAUGGCGAGAGUAGCCUGAUCGGUGGCAGAAAGCGGUGGUCCGUGCGGGAGGAGGAGGAAGAGGAAGAGGAAGCGGACGAUGAGGACGACGACGAGGAGGAGGAUGAGGACGAUGAGGAAGGAGAGCGCGAGAGCGACUCGAUCCGGAAGGCCACUCAGCAGCGUUUGGAACGAGCGCGGCGUGGUUUUCCCGCACUUCGAAACAGGAAAAACUCCAAAGUGGUAAAAGAUGAUGACGACAACGACGACGAUGAUGAUGAUGACGAGGAAAACAGCGAAGAUGGUGACGUCGAAAGUGAUGACGGUGAAGAAAACGAGGAGAGGUCUAUUUUUAAUCUGUUCGGUUUACUUAGCGGAUCCAAAUGGCGUUUGGGUGAUGUCGUCACCGGGCGCUCGGUUGCAGAUAAAGACAAUGUCCACGGGGAUGAUGGCGACAACGAAGAUGACGAGGACGAUGAUGAUGAUGACGAUGAUGAUGAUGAGGACGAACAAAUUCCGGCCGGUAAAAAGGGAUCAAAGAUUGCAAGCGGAAAAACCAAACCAUCAAAGACUCCCCCGAAACCGGUUCAGAAAAGCGUUACUCCGGAGAAGGGAAAAUCGAAGAAGCAAACCGCAGCAAGCGACGAUAAGAAGGACGAAACGCAGCAAGCGAUCGAGAGCUGGUUGGCAGGAUUGGGAAAUGUGUUUCGCACGAUCGCUAGCAAGGAUAAGGAGGAGGAGGGAUUUUUGGGCUGGCUCGGAAAAUUAACCGCUGAGGAUGAGGAUAAACCGUCGGCGAAGGAUGACGACGGAGGCGAUGAGGAUAAGGAGAAGGAAAAUCCACUCAUCAAUCUACUCACCAGCUGGUUGCAUACACUUGACACCGGGUCGGAUGGUGACUCGAACGAGGAAAUUCGAAUUCGACCUGUCGGAGACCGCAGAGAGGAUGACAGCGAUGAAGUGGACGCAAAGGCAACCAGAGGAAGUCGCAAACCGAAACCCGAAUCAAAGCUCGUUCAACUGUUGAACGAGAGUCCGAUCGCGGCGCUCUUCAGUGCCGAAGAACUCCCGAAGGAAGCUAGCAUCGAAACGGCACCUAAGAAGGCCAAGAAGGUACCGCAAGGUCCGGCGAAGGUGGUAAAGCAGAGGAUAGCGAUCUCUCCGGAGGACUUUGAGCAGCUGCUGCUGCGCGUGCCUUCGUUCGUGCCGGACUACUCUCUGGUGCCGAACGAGGAGUGUCGCCGACAGGGUCAUAUCUUCGAGCGGCAGCUUCGGGGAAAACGGCUUUGGGCCCUCCAGAUGAUGGACGCGAGUGCGAAGCUCACGUCCGGCCUGCUGCGUGGCAACGCGAACCAGCUGGGGGACUUUGAUCUCUGCACAGGGAUUGCCACUAAGAUUCAGGUGAAACAGAACGAACAGGUACGAAUGCGGGGCAAGUACUGUCUGGCGCACGUGGACGUGGUUGCGGAGGACGAGGAACUGCGGCUGCCGGUACACCUACUCCAGGGUCGCGGAUUCAUCAAGAGUACCUUAAACGAUCCGGACCACUUCCUGCCACGUUUCACCACGAUUAACUGGGGUAUCUGUCUACCGGCGGCGUGCACCUUCGAGGACGCGGCCAACAUCGUGAAGCACUUCGUGCGUCCGUACAACUCCACCGGUAUCAAGCUGUUCCUGGAGCUGGAGGAGGGCAAUUGCCACGUGCGCCAGGUGCGCACCUGGUCUCGCCUGCUCAAGGACAACUGGCAACUUGUCGCUGUGCUUGGCUUCUACACCUUCAUAGUCGUGGUGACACUGGUGGCCACCAUGAACGAUUACGGUAUCUUUAUCAAAAUCGACCCACCUUCGAAGUUGGGAGCAUCCGAGUCGGAAGCUACAUCGCCGGAUCAGCUUCCAACCAACGUGUUCCACCAGACGCUGAUGGCGUUCUCGCUCAAGAAAACGCUCCAUCAGCUCAUCGGAAGCGAUACGACGCUCAGUGAGGAUGGACAAGACCCUACGCCUGCGAGGAAAGACAUCAGAUGUCUUCACGGCCUGAAGGCACUGGCGAGUUUUGCGCUGUUCCUAGCCCUCCGGCUGGUACCGCUCGGGUUCCAACCUUUUACAAACCGAAACGAGUUCACGGAGAGCUUCAGUGCCCCGUGGAGCAUUACCGUGCGUUUGCUGAUGCUGUACGCCGACGUGUUCCUAGUCAUCAGUGGAUUCCUCGCCGCGUACCAUAUGGUGCGGGAGUAUCGGGAGCGGGCUAAGGUCGCGUGGUUUAAGAGAAUCGUUGGACGUUACCUUAGAUUAGCCUUCCCGCUCAUACCAGUUCUGGUGUUCUAUGCCUGGAUCUGGGAGCAUCUAGGCAGUGGACCUCAAUGGGGUGAUGUGGUGGUCAAGAACGCGAACCUGUGCAAGCAUAACUAUCUGAGUAAUCUUUUCUUCAUCCAAAACUGGUAUCCAGUCGAGGAAGCGUGCGCUCCACAUACCGUCCAGCUGGCGAUCGAGAUGCAACUGAGCGUUCUGGCACCGUUCCUCAUGAUCGUGCUGGUGAAGAACCCAUUCUACGGAACUGCGGCCUAUGUGAUACUGAACGGCAUUUCAACGGCGAUUCGCUUUUCGUCCACCACCGAGGAUCGGCUCACCCCGUACGUGUUCAACGGCGUGCGUCUCACUCAGCUCUAUCGGACGAUCAAUCUGUCCUUUGCCGAGACGCUGCACCGCCUCACGCCGUACCUAGCCGGCUUUGGGCUGGGAUAUCUGCUACAGGAGACUGGCCGGCAGAGACAGGAACGGGGUGUCCACUAUGCCGGUUGGCUCGGUGCAGCCAUCUCCCUACUCUGGUGUGUCUACUUCCCGCUCGACAUUGUGCGCAAAGAUUUCCAGUACGAUCCGGGUAAUGCGGCUCAGUUUGCCGCACUGGCACCACUCUCCUUCGCCCUGGGACUUUGCUGGCUCAUUUACUUCUGCGUCACGGUGGAAGAUAGUCUUCUCAAUCGCUUCCUUAGCUCCCGCCCGAUGGUGUUGCUCGGGAACCUCUCGUACUCACUGUCGCUGGUACAGUUUCUGGUGUUCUUCUACUUUGCCGGCUCGACCCGGGGCAGUGAGGUGUUCAGCUUUACCUCCUACGUGAACCGGGCGGAGGUGUGCAUGCUGUUCGGCGCGUCGCUACUACUGACCGUCCUCUUCGACCUUCCCAUCCAGAACGUUAAGCGCUUGCUCGAUCGUGAGGGUGUGCUCGAGCGGAUGGAGACAAACGAGCCGGCAAAGACUGAGGAACAAUCCGGCGUCCAGGAAGCAUCGGAAGAGUCCACGGAACAAGACAAAGGCAUCGGCACAGAAGCCUCCGGUGACGCGAAUGACUUCGUCAGCCCCUUCGACGAUCGCGACGAGGAAGAUGAUGGCAUAUGGAUAAGGAAAUCGAAAGUAGACAGGCCCAUCGCCGUAGAAGAUCAGGUGGAAGAUUUUUGGGCCCAACGGGACGAGGACACCGUGAAGACUGUACCGGAACAAACGAAGGCAAACGGUGAACCGGAGCCCCAAGAGGAAGAGGAGGUGGAAGAGGCUGUGGAGGAGGAAGAGGAAGCUGUGGAAGAGGAAGAGGAGGAGGAAGAGGAGGAGAUUGACGAGGAGAAGGAAGUGAAGCGACGCCCCGAAUCGAAUGGACGCGAGUGGACGCGUUCCUGGGACUUGUUGGAUGACUGAACGGUCGGCAAAGGGCGUAACAAGUGUUUGUGUUAGUGUUGCGAAUUGUUCCAUAAUAGAUCAAACGAGCCAUCAAUAAAGC